AGUAUGAAGCGCUUGCGCCUUUCUUGAAGAUAUGAGUGUUUUCUCAACAUUCAGAGGGUAGCUCUUUCAAGGAACGUGCAACGAUAAUGUAACGGCUGUUGCAAGGAGUAGAACACAUUUUCCGGGUUUUUUUUUUGUAAUGAAGUUUGAAAACUUUUUCCUUUUUCGAUUUGGAAAUUAGAUUGUGAUUGCAACCAAAAAGGUGUCGCGAAAUGUAAAUUACCGUAUGACAUUCAAAUAAAAAAAAAACAAAGAUUCCCUUUUCUGUGCAAAGAACGUAAGAUGUCUGUAAGGCCGCUAUCUCCUAAAGUAAUUCUUGAUAUUAGUUACAAGCAGAUGGAGGGUAUCAUUAACUUCAAUAACAACGUUACGAAAGUGAUUAAGUUGGAGCCAAAUUAUUUAACAAGUGUGAAUUCAAGUGUGUCAGUUGCAAUGGAUAGUACCAUGUCGUUGGUAAACAGUGUUAAUAAUGGUUUUAUGGACACGAAUCAGGGAUAUAGUCUACCUAAUGUUUUAACGGCGACUGAGGUUCAUUAUCUGCCAUCAACUGUAAGUAAUUCACCACAAAACGGGGAAUCUAGCCAUAGCCCGUAUAGAGCAAAUGUCCCUGACUAUACACAGCAGUUACGGAACAAACGUCGCCUGAGCCUUGAUUUCAACAAUCCCGAAAAUGUUUCACCCAGUCCUUACAGUAAACGCCAGCAUCUUAUUGACGAAACCUGUCCUUAUUUAUCACACAGUGAUAAGUUCUACACAGACUAUCGUCCAACGACUGUUGAUGAAAUAGUGCAGCCCCAAAAUGACAACCUCACAUCUACCCAUGUCCCUACGAAAACCAGUAAUCUAUCCCCACAAUUCCAUUUUGAUGAUGACGACGAUAAUGACUUUUGUGAUAAUAGUGACGAAGGGAAAUAUCAUUCCGUUACAAAUAAUUCAGAUAUUCAAGGAUCUAGACUAACUUCGUCUGGUCAACAGUCGCUACAGGAAUCCCAACAACAACCUCAGGCCUUCUACGAAUCACUGGAACAAGCGAAUUCUUUCUCUGGAAGUUACUCCAGUUCCGAACGUGAUGAGAUGGAAUACCAAUCCCAAACUAUUGAUGGAAACCAACAUAUGGAUGUGGAAGGACAACGUAACGGUCGAACAUACAAAUCGAAAGGAAGAACGCGAAGGAAAAAUUUCAAGGAGAUCAGCUAUGAGGAUUUACAGACGCAACGGGUGAUGGCUAAUGUUAGGGAGAGGCAGAGGACGCAGAGUUUGAAUGAAGCAUUCACAGCCUUAAGAAAAAUCAUUCCAACAUUGCCGAGUGAUAAAUUGAGUAAAAUACAGACAUUAAAGCUUGCAACAAGAUACAUUGAUUUCCUGUACCGUAUUCUAUCAAACAACGAAUUGUCCUUACUGAAGUCCCUUGAAGAUCGUGGCAAUGUGAUAAGUGGAAAUGGUGGAAUUAAUAGUAAUAGUAGUGCUAAUGACAAUUUGAUAAAUAAUAACAAUAGUGGAACUGGUACUAUAGCUCCAGAAAAACUUAGUUAUUUGUUUAGUGUAUGGCGAAUGGAAGGUGAUUGGAAUAAUGGAAAAGCGUAGCAUUUCUUGGGGAAAACCAAAGCUUUUCUGUAAUUGUUGUAUACGUAUAUACUUCGUGAACAUUCGAUAAAUAAAAGAGAAAUUGUUAUAAAUAAUUCAUGUGGCGUAAGAUGUAAUUACAUUUUUUUUGUACUUAAGAGUUUAUAAAUUUUAUAUAAAAAAAAAAUAAAUAAUUUAACUAUUCACUGA